AUGACCCUUAAGGACUCGGGCAAACGGCAACUUGGAUUCAGCAUGUACGAAGCCUUGUGCCAGGAGUCACUGAAGACAUCCGACAGUGGAUUUGUGCACCUGUACCUCGUGAUAUCGUGGAACAUGAUGGCGCGCUCUGAGUCGACUGAGGCUAUUCACAUUGAUUACAUUUCGUUUGAAGACGAUGCCAUUGGCGUCACGUACUUCAAGUCCAAGACUGACCAGACUGGGUCCAAGCGCCGCGACCCUCGACACGUCUACACGAAUCCAUCGUCACCGGCAAUUUGCGCGUUCCUCGCUCUGGGUAUGUAUUUCGCAUGCAAUCCAACUUUAAACAACGGAUCGCUUUUUCCUGGUGCUAGCCAACGCGACCGUACUCAAAGCCUUGGUCUACACAGUGCUGGGUGA